AACUUCACUUCCGCUGUACGUCUUUACUCCGCAAGUCCACUUCCGGGUUCGUUAUUUGCAAAAUGGCGGCAACACCGGCUUCAAAUCCUUCGCACUUGUUACCACUCGAGCUGGUGGAUAAAUGUAUUGGAUCUCGGAUUCACAUCGUCAUGAAAAACGAUAAAGAGAUUGUGGGAACCUUGCUGGGGUUCGAUGAUUUUGUCAACAUGGUGCUUGAGGACGUCACCGAGUUUGAGAUCACUCCUGAAGGACGACGGAUAACAAAACUGGAUCAGAUUCUCCUCAACGGAAACAACAUCACCAUGUUAAUCCCCGGAGGAGAAGGACCAGAAGUGUGAAGCAAUCCACAUCGGCUUUUAUUUUUAUUUGUAUGUUUUUCUCAUGUAAUUGUGUUGUAUUUUUUUUUUUUUUAUAAAUAUAUAAAACAAUUUAAUGUCUGAGUUAAUGUGAUGUCUGAUUGUGUAUCAGAAUGAAGAGUUGAGUUAUACAUUACACAGUGUGCAUGGUUCUCUUCUGUUAUUAAUAAAUAAAGUGUAAAGCCUUUUGUCACUUGGUGUAAAAGGUCACCAGUGUUGCAGA